GAAUAACGUGUGUAUUUCCUGAUUGAUAUCACAGUGAAUUCGAAGCAGCAAAUAUGGAUUAUAUGAUUUUCAUUUGUAAAAUUGUUUAUGUUCUAUUUUGUCUACCAAGUCAUCGAUGUGAAGAGCCAAAGGUCCUUUCCAUAAUUCCACAAUUCCCUGACAGAGUUACCAUCCCAGAGUUAGAUUGUGCAAAAUGCCUGGUUGUAACUGUUGGCGUCUACGUCAACGUGGAAUGUAUUGUGGCUGAAAUCAGCGAGAAAAACCUGAACAUGGAGAUGAAGCUAAAGAAAAAUGGUCAAGAUGUACCCAAUGUGACUGUGGAAGGUUCCCCUUUUUAUCGAGCAUUUUUUGCAUACAUGCCGAAUGAAGAAAAUACAGAUCAAACCGUUACUUGCGAGGCUAUUAGAGAUGGCCAACAGCCCAAAACAGCAUCAAUUUCUCUUGUCAUUCUGAAAAAACCAUCGCUUCCGACUAUUAUAUUGCCGGGCUCAGUUAAAGAAGGAGAACAUGCUUAUAUUUCUUGCAAAGCCUUCAAAGCCAGACCGGAGCCAAGACUCUACUUCAUGUACAAUUCUACAACUUACAAUACAAGCAACAGCUUUUCAAAACUGAGAGACAAUAAAACAGUUGACGCUGAAACAAUCUUCGAACAAAUUUUCAGCCGAUAUGACAAUACCAGGAGAUUGAAUUGUUGCGUUGAGUUUAAAACGUAUAACGAAUACACACUGGAAAUGAAAACCCUUUGCUCAACAUCUGGCAUGUAUGUUUUAUUCCCACCGACGUUUCUACAGCUUGAAGAAUUAAAAAGAACCAACGAUGAAGAAGGUAAUACAAGACUCAUGUUGCAGUGUACAAGCGACGUUUCUAAGCCAGUUAGUAUAAUUAGAUGGAACAUUUCGUCAAAUGUUCUGUAUGAAUCCUCCCAGAAAAAGAAAGAGGUUGAAGAGGUGUCUGGACAUAUAAGGACUAUGAUUUUAUCUGCCAACCUCUCACGACAUAAUAGUGGAGAAACAAUAUCGUGUUACUUGGAAAAUCCUGCGUUUACAGAGAUCAAAGUAAUCCAAAACUAUAAACUUAACAUUACAUACAAACCAUUCAUCAGUUUUUCAACUGAUAAAUCCGAAGUAAGGUCCUUUGAUGACAGACUUAACGUGUUAUGCAAUGUUGACGCAAAUCCGUAUGCGAAGAUCGAAUGGCUAAAUACGUCUUUGAAAGAGAUCGGUAGUAAAACAGAAAGCAGUCUCAAAUUACAGAUACAAGUUCACUCAAGUGGCCAUUAUUUUCAUACGUGUAUGGCAGAAAACACAAUUGGUUCGGCAGUAAAUGAAAUUGCUGUUUUCUUGGUCAAAGAUCAGCGACUUUCGAAACCAGGCGCUCCUACUUGUAAUGACCUCUCCUCCUCCACAUUGAUCGGAAUUAUUUGCGGUAGUGUGGCGGUUCUGAUUGUCGUUGUUUUACUUGUCGGGUUCGUGGUUGUAUCAAAAAUACGACAGAAUACACCGAGGAGUGAGGAUUAUACGGAUUUACGUUUUCAGGAACCAAAUGUAUAUAUGAAGCCGUUAGGUCCUGAGCACGUCACCACUGAUGGUUCACAGUCUCCUGAUGGCCAACAAACACAAACUUAUGAAAGUGUAGAGUGAGCCAAUCACGACCAGUUGCAUGAUGCAUGCAGAUACUUCUUCUAAACACCAGCCCCCAGUGCAAAUAACACUCCAAAAUGACGCUGAUCCUUUCUGUUGACUGACAUCUGACUGAUAGAGGCGUUACUGGACUUGAAUUGAAGUGAAGGCCCAGUAUAAUAAAGGGUCACGCAAACUCAUGCUUAACAUAAGCCCUAUUUGCUGUUGCAGUUGGAAAAUUAUAGAUAAUUUUUACAAAAAAAACAUGCUUAAAUGCUGUAUUAUCCAAACUUUACUCACGACCGUAUAAACGGGUUUGUAAAAAAUGUAAAUACUCCAUUGAAAAUCUGGCAUUACAUGUAAUCAUUUUUUGUUCAAACAACGACAAGAUUAUAUAUAAUUUAUGAGUUAAUUUGUUUAAAAUAUUAGGGAUAGAACAUUUCAAUUGGUUUCGUAAACAUGAACCGUGUUUCCAGUUAUUACAACUAUUGUCAGGAUUCACUAGUCUCUGCUUUUAUGAAAACAUGCACUCUUCCAAGAUGUGCUCAGUUACAUUAAUACAUUAUGUAACUGAAUUUAAGCACACUUAUUUAAGACAUAUUGAUAUAUCCAAAGACCAUUUUAUUUAAAAUUAAUUAUUACUUUAAGUUAGGAGUCAAUUUGUGAUCUUACAUGGAAUAUACAGGCCAAAUAACCCAAUGACAUAUUUUUUCCUGUGCCCCGUAUAAUCGUAUAUAUCGGGUCACCUACUAGCUUCGUAAUGAAUAUAUCACAUCAGAAACCUGUAUACAUUGAUCAAUUUAAUGGAAAGUUUUCAUUUUUUAUCGGAAUCGGAAAAUACACGUCAUUUUGGAACGAUAUAAAUAUUAGUGUCUCAAUAUGAAACAAUAUGGACGUGUCCAGUCCUUAACAAAUGGCGUUGCAUCGUUUAUGUUGUAUGCGUGAUAUACGUUUUUGAGUAAUAGAAUAUGGCGUCGUUUCUAUAAAAGGUAUAAAAAAUGUAUAUAUUAAUGCGACUUUUCAUCUCAAAUGGAUGUCUCAAAUACAAUAUGUACAAUGACGGUUUCACAAGAAUAAAUACGAUUAUUGAUGAUUCCGUUUAUUUUUUUCUGUUAUAUAUGUGUAGUCUGUGUACAUAGUAAAUAAGUUUAUGUUCAGAUUGUUUAGUCAUCUUGUUUUUAGUUCAUGUUUGUACUUCGUAUAUGCUUCUUUAUAUUUAUGUAAGAUAAAACGAAAAAAGUUCAACGUAGAAAUUGUUGUCAAUUUUGAAAGCAUUUUUAAGGGUCAAUAGCUCUUUGAUAAAGUUGUAUGACCUUUUGUUGACUAUUAAACGAUGUCUAGUAUAUUAACCACUGUUAAACAUAUUGAGAAUCGCACAAUAAUUUACUACUGAUGGUCACAAACAGAACAACAUAGACAGGUACACUAAUUCGUCUAUGUGGUCUUUGUAUUGAUACUUCUAACUUAAGACUUUGUCAUGAUAUGGUCUCGUCCCUGUUUAUUUUGAAUUAUUGGUGCCAUUCAACAAGACCAUCGUUAAAUGCUAGUUUGUGUAACAGUUGAAACUAUGUAUAUUUUGUUUUUUUAAUUGAUAUUUUUAAGAACGAAUAAACUAUGCUGCCGUUGUUCUUUUUAUGGCGUGUAUGUUUGUAUAUUGAUAUGAAAAAAAUCGCUUUACAAUCGUC